AUGGUACUACACGGCCCUUCAGCCCCGCCAACCCGCGUAGCACAAGCCUGCGUUCCAUGCCACCGGACAAAGACCAGAUGCGAUGGUCAGCAACCCACCUGCUCAACAUGCAAUGACAAGGGGAAAUCGUGCGAAUGGCCCCAGCCGCGCGGCGGCAGCAAGUCGCUGACGGACCGGUCUUCCUCCUCACCGUCCAGCUCCUCCGGCCUACAAACAUCGGGCUGCACGCCGCCCUCGAGCUCCAUGGCCUUGCCCGACCACGGCGGCCACCCGACGACAGCGCCGAGCAUGCAGCAUCAGCACCAGCAUCCGCAGCACCCGCCCACCGGCAUGACUACUACCUCGCAUGCGAUGAUGUCGGCUGGGCCCAUGCCGAUGACGACGAUGUCCGACACGCUCGACUUCACCACCCCGGGAUCCAUCCUGGACGAGGCCAUGAGGCUCCAGCUGCAGAGCAUCUACUUUACCAAAUUCCAUCCCCAAUGGCCGCUGCUGCACCGCGAGACAUUCGAGACGACGGCGCAACCAAAGCUGUUGAUGCAGGCCGUCAUGACAGUCGGACUAUGGUUUGCUUCGUGGCCUGACGCCAGAAAUCUGGCCAUCAAGUUCCACGAUAGCCUUCUGGCAGAAACAGGAAACAAGCUCCUUGAUCUACUAGAGCAGUCCAGACAAGGCAUGCUCUCGCCACGGAUGGAUUUGCUCCCAGUUUUCCAGUCCAUGCUGAUCUCGACAAUACUCGUGCCAUAUCGAGCGGACCAGUCCAUGGACAACGUGAUGAUGACGCAUGCCAUGUUGCUCGAGACAUUCAAAGCUACGGGAGUAUACGAGCAGUCAAAGAUCAACCUGGGGUCGCAGCUCUGUGGGCAUAGUGGAUACCCCUGGAUCUUUAAAGAGUUAUAUCAACGUCUCGCUGUCUUCCAGUUCAAGCUACAUCUAAUCCUCCAAACAAUAUUCAUCACAAUACACCCGGCGUUGCGCCUAUCUCGCAACGCAGAGCCGGGCAUGCUCAGGAUAAAGAUACCGCUGCCGCUGAUGAUGUGGGAUGGGCCCGCGGCGCACUGGUAUGGAAUGGUGCCGACGGAUCCCGCGCUGCUCGACGCGAAUGCCGGCGACGAAGAGGUGCUGAUGAUUAGCAAAAUGUGCGAAAAGGCGAGUCUCACAAUGGACAACAAGGCGCUCGUCCCGCUGCUCUCCUGGGACCGGUGUUUGGGCUACCAAUUCGGAACGGACAAAAUUGCCAUGCACAGCAUCCUAAAACUCAAUGACAAGGACACCAUAGUAAAGCUCUGGUUCCGGGGCUGGGACUUUGGCCGUGUGUACGGCCCCGCAAUGGUUGUCGGCACGGCCGCCGUUUUUGGCUUCCUGGCAUGGAACGACGGCAUCGCAAGUCCCGCCUUUCUCUUCAACCUCGCCGCCGGGCUCCUGAUGGGGGCCGUGGGCCCAUACACGCAAUUCAGGAUCUUCCCCGUCAACGACAAGCUUUUGGAGGAGCAUCGAAUUGUUAUCAAGGCGGAGAAGACGGACGAGCGAGCAGAGGGGGCGAGUCUCGAGGUUGUUCGAGGAUGGGCUGCUGACUGGAAGAGACUCGACAUUCACCGACAACUUCUCGCCUACCUUGCUGCCGGAGCUGGUUUGAUCGCUGUUCUCAGAUCUUGA